AUGGCUGCUAUGGUCCAAUCCAUAGAUACCAAUCUGCCUCGUUGUUUAAGCCGUGAUCUUCUGGAUCCCCGCCCCCGCGAGCGUUUGCCUAGGGCUCAAUGGGAUGCUCCGCCGCCCACCGCGGGUGACGCUGCCAUCUGGGAGUCAGCCCAGAUGGUAGAGUUGCCCCCGGACGCUUGGUUCCUCGCGCGCACACACGAACCCUGCGGUUGUCCCGGACUCCUACCCUGGACAGGGACGCAACCCCUGUCCCGCCGCGAGCGUGCAUGGGUUGCAAGGCCUGUGCUCUCCCUGGUCUUGUGGGCUGGCUACGGCAGCCCCAGACAGUUGGCUGUGCGCGCCCAAUCGUGA